AUGAAAUCGUUGGUAAACACAUUAGCUGUGAGUUGAUUUUGUACUGAAAGCGUGUCCUUUGUACGUAGGUCACAUAUUCGAUUACCGAGACGUUAUAUUACAGAUCCUUGGUGUUUAAACGACUAAACUGUCUCACGAGAAUGGUCUCCCUUGUGUUGAGUAAGACUACUUCAGCUUUACUGCUACUUGUGCACCUAACUGCAGGCGAGUUCUCUAUGUUCGGGAAGGAAUUUCUGUACCCGAUUCCUAAACUGCAGAGCAGAGAAAGCUGGGUCGAGCUCGUUAUGGUGACGAGAGAAGAGAUUGAUAUUAUGCAGGUUAGAGUGACUGCUAGGUGGGGAGAAAUUGAAGGUCAAGAAGUGAACAACGAGGUUCUGGUGAAUAGGGGACAUGAAGGGCGUGUCGUUUAUGAUACAAUGAUGCUUUUAGGCGAUGAGGUGACGGCCUUCACCGCCACUGUCCACCUGGUGAGCGAGCACAAUUUUGCCCUGACCAUCUACCUGUUUGAGAGACAUGCGUCAGGGGACAGCAUGCUAGCAAUGCCCGUCUCCACUUGGGGGAGGACAUAUUUCGCCGUCAGCUACAACUUGAGCCCCAGGCUACAAGUGAUGACGGUGUCGGGGCCUAACCUCGUUAGGAUGGAUUUCAAAUUGGACCUGGGGAUGAUGUACAACGGUGUCAACUAUACCAAGGGCAGUACGCUGGAGGUGACGUUGCAAAAUCUACAAGCCUUCAAUGUCUUGAACUGUAUGCCAGAGGACAAAUACUCGGGAUCGUUGACAGGCACUAAAAUCGAGGGCCAACUUCCUAUUGGGGUCAUUUCAGGAAACUGCAAAGGUAGGACCCCAGCCUUUCUAUGUGAUGGUCCGGACGAGGUGGCUGAGGGUACAGCAGACUACACGUCAGAAGUCCUGCCGCCCACUCAGAUGUACGGAAUGUUUUACAUUUCCAUCAGGAUCAUGGCGCACCGGCUACCCGGCACCACGGUCCUAACGGCAGCAGAGGCCGACACCUUUGUCUCGGUGUACAGGACGAAUGAGGAAUAUGACAGUCACGAGCUGUUAACAGUGGGGCAGUCGGUGGAGCUGACUCUGCCCGAGCCUCGACUAAUAGUAAGCAACAAAGGCAUCCAGGUGAUGUACCUGAUGCGGUCCGCGUGCCGACGAGAGGACGCCUCGUUUAACCUCGAAGACUUCGGAGACCCGGCGAUUGGGAGUCUUAUUCCUUUAGAGUUGUUCUACUUCGAAUACAUUUGGGCAACCCCGGAUCAAGAGCUCGUACACCUAACACAUUAUAUUGUCAUCACGGUCAAAACUGAGUUUGUUAUCCGCCUAAGGUUUGAUGACGGGCAGCUGCCUGCACAUAUUGAAUGGAUCCAGGCUCUGGGUAAACCCGACUACCGGGUGGGCAACACGGAUAUAGAGCCCGGCUUCCACGAGAUGCGCGGCUCGGAGAAGAUGCUGUUCUCCCUCAUCAUCUACGGGCUCAGUGACCAGGCUGUCAGUUACAUGCACCCCGGCCCCUACAUGUCAGCCCCCGUCAACGCGCCAUGUACGCCAACUGCUCCAAAUCUCAUGAUGCCAGGCGAUAACAUUGACAACGACUGCGACCGACUUUUCGACGAAGAGAAACCGGAUGGCAUAGAUAACGACCAUGACCAGCGGGUGGAUGAAGACCUACUUCCCAACGAACCAAUAAACGGGGCUUGGGGCGGCUGGACGGAAUGGGCUUGUGUCUUGAACUGCUCGGAUAAAUUCGGUUAUAGAAGCAGACAAUGUGACCAUCCGAAGCCCAAGCACGGAGGGAAGGAGUGUGUCGGUGACUCCAAAGAGUCUUUGGCGGCGUAUUGUUUUAUGACGGACGUCACUUGCCCCACAGAAUGUCCGAAAGGCACGUUUGGUCCAGGCUGUCACCGCAAGUGCCCCAACUGUGCCACGGACUGCGACAAAUGGGCCGGCAACUGCUCAACGUGCGCUGAAGGCUUUAAGUUGAAAGAGGGAACCUGUACUCAGAGUAAGGCAUUUGUUGACUUGUUACUCUAA